GCAUGAGCCACCCAGACCCAGCUUGAAUUUCUUUUCUAAACUGUUCUGUAGAGAAAGUUCAGGCACAGUUUAGAGAAAAAAAAUUAUUUUUGUCUUGUCUCCAAUAUGUUAACAUAUGUAAUUCAUGUACCUGCAUUUUAAAUUUAGCUUAUCUUAAAUUUUCAAACCAAAUAUUUUUUCAAAUACCUAAUUAUACUAGAGAGAAACUGACCUUCCAAAAGAGUUUGCCAAUCACUUCCCAGUCUUCUAAGCCAGAAUUACCCAGUAUUUUUAAAUACAUGAAUAGAAUGAUCAUAAACCCUUCUCCUUUCCCAUUUCUCAUUAAGAUGCCAGAGUAAAAAAAUGAUGGCAGGCCCUGCACUGGGGCAUCCGGAGUGCGGCCGGUCCCAGGGCACCUGUCUGCAAUCUGUCUCGUGCCUGCCUUGGGUCUGUGGCUUUGGCACUGAAGCACCGUUGUCUGUGACAGACGGUGCAUUAUAGCUCCCGAUCGGCCCAGCUGCGGGCUUUGCUCUUUGUCACCUCAUUCUUGGGAAGUUUCUGGGUCUCCCAGGAGAUGAGGCAGGACCAUUUGCUCCAGCCUCUGUGCUGUCAGAAGACCCCAAGUCCUGCUUUGUCCUUCAGGUUUACAGGGUGGGCGUGGACCAUGACCACUCCAUGUCAAAAUAAGAGUCGCUCCAUUUUCCUGAGUGUCAUUUUUCUAAACAGUGGUUAUCCAGGUGCUGGGAAAAUUGGGCUGUGCUUCAGAAGUCAAGCGAAUUAUGAGGACACGUCUGAAAUGAACCAGAGGGCCAACAUCUGAGCUGAAAUGGGAGAUGUGUGUGCAGACCCAGGCCGUGCAGAUCCUGGUGCCGCUGACUCCCCCGGCUCAGCGCAGCUCCCCUCUGGCCUCCAGCACAAGAAGGCAGCGUGGCCUGCAGGGGUUAAACUUCGGCAGAAGCACAGGCGCAGUGAACCUACAGGCCGCCCUCACUCUUGGCAUACAACCAAAUUUGGAGAGUACCAACCUGAUGCCAGCAUGAUGCAGAUAUCUCAGGGCACAAUGGGCCCUCCUUGGCACCAAAGCUAUCACUCCAGCUCCUCUACAAGUGACCUCUCCAGCUAUGACCAUGCUUAUCUGAGGCGGAGCCCUGACCAGUGCAGCUCCCAGGGAAGCAUGGAAAGCCUGGAGCCCAGUGGGGGAUACUCGGCCUGCCAUCUUCUUUCCCCAGCCAAGUCUACCAGCAGCAUUGACCAGCUCAGCCACCUCCAUAACAAGAGAGACUCGGCCUACAGCUCUUUCUCCACCAGUUCUAGCAUCCUAGAGUACCCGCCCCCUGGUGUCACCAGCCGAGAGCGGUCAGGCUCCAUGGACGCCACUUCUGCUCGAGGGGGCCUCCUAGAGGGGAUGAGACAGGCAGACAUCCGCUAUGUUAAGACAGUCUAUGAUCCCCGGAGGGGGAUCUCAGCAGAGUAUGAGGUCAACUCUUCAGACCUGCUGCUUCCAGGUCGGGAGGCCCGCACACCAGCAGAUGAUCAGGGCCAUGAUAAAUGGCAUAGCACUUCUAGGAGCAAGGGAGCACCAGCCCCGUCCUGGAGCCACCAGUGCACCAGUUCCUUCGAGACUGGCCCUGACAACCUGCCCCAUAAAGUGGGUGCACCGCAGCCCCCAACUCGGAGCGACAGUUAUGCAGCCUUUCGGCAUCGAGAACGACCUAGCUCUUGGUCUAGCCUUGAUCAGAAGCGCUUCUGCCGGUCUCAGGCAAACUCUUCUUCGGGCUCCUUGAAAUCUCCAUUCAUAGAGGAGCAGCUGCAUACCGUCCUAGAGAAGAGUCCAGAAAACAGCCCCCCAGUGAAGCCCAAGCAUAAUUAUAUUCAGAAGGCCCAGCCUGGCCAACCUCUGCUGCCAACUGGCAUCUACCCCGUACCCUCCCCAGAGCCACACUUUGCCCAGGUGCCCCAGCCUUCUGUGAGCAGCAAUGGUACGCUCUACCCUGCACUGGCCAAGGAGAGUGGAUAUCCAGACACCUCUCAGGGAGCUUGCAACACGAUGGCUGCCUUUGAUGAGAAUGGAAACCAAAAUGGAGCUAGCAGACCUGGGUUUGCCUUCUUCCAGCCCUUAGACCCUGAUUCACUGUCCCCGGUGGAGAGGAAGUCAGAAACCACAGCCAAAUAUGUCCCCUACAAAGUCCAUUUUCCUUCAGUGCCUGAAAACGAGGAGGAUUCCUCCCUAAAGAGACAUCCCAUAGCUCCCGAAGGCAACAGUGUUCACUACAAUGAGAGAGCGAGCACUCACAGCCACCAACCGUGUUCUAAUCACCACAACCUCAAAUCUCAGGCCCAGGCCUGGCAAGUGGGGGGCGACAGGAGGGCUUCUAGGCUCCCGGAGCCCUGGGAGAAUGAUUUCCAGGAAGAUCACAAUGCCAACCUCAGGCAGAAGCUGGACAGAGAAGGCCUAAGCCACGGCCAGCCAGGUAGCUUUGGCAGGACCAAGUCAACCUUCUCAUCUCUCCAGAACAUUCCAGAGAGUCUGAGAAAACAAAGCAGCCUAGAACUGGCCGAGGGAGCCCCGGAGAGUUACCCCGCUGGCAGGGCUACCUGUGCAGUCCACACCCAGGUGGAAGACUCUGGAAGGAAGGCACUCCCUGAGCGCCGAGGCCACCAGGACAGGCCCGUGUCCUGUCCCAGGCCCGAGGGGAGGCCCGGUAGCUCACCCUCCACCCGCCACGCGGAUCCGAGCUACCAAGAGCCUCCCACCCCGCCGUACCAGCCGACGGGCAGCCUGGGCCGGAGACUCAGCUCCGGCAGCCUGUCGGCCCUGCAGGGCUUCCAGUACCGGAGCCCCCACUGCUCGGUGCUGGAGAAGGUGUCCAAGUUCGAGCAGCGGGAGCCGGGGAGCCGCCGGCCGCCCAGCGCGGGCGGCUCCGCCCAGGGCCUCCCCCACCGGCGGGCCCCCACGCCCCGUGCCUCCGGGGGCGGCCCCGGGGAGGCCGCGGGGCCCCCGGGCGUCCAGGGCCGGGAGCCCGGGCGGGAGGCGGCCGCGGGGCCGCGCGAGGCCCGCCUGCUGCGCAGCCAGAGCACCUUCCAGCUGUCGGGCCGGGCCGGCCGGGACCCCCGCGCGGGGCCCGAGGACGGGCCGCCCGACGCGCCCUUCAGCCGCACCUACCGCAACAGCAUCAAGGACGCGCAGUCCCGGGUGCUGGGCGCCACCUCCUUCCGCCGCCGGGACCUGGAGCCCGGAGCCCCCGGCGGCCCCGGGCCCGGGCGGCCGCGGCCCGCCUCGGCCCACGUGGGGCUGCGGGGCCCGGAGGCGCCGGCCGCGGCCUCGCCGCACACGCCGCGGGAGCGCCACAGCGUGACCCCGGCCGAGCCCGCGCCCGCGCCCGCCGCCCCCCGCCGGGGCCCGCGCCGGCGCCUCACCCUGGAGCAGAAGAAGCGCUCGUACUCGGAGCCCGAGAGGAUGAACGAGGUGGGGGUGGCGGAGGAGGCCGCGCCCCGCGCCGCGCCGCGCCGCCCCGAGAGCAGCGUGGCCGACCGGCGCCGCCUCUUCGAGCGCGACGGCCCGGCCGGCUCCACGCUCGGCCUGUCGGGGCCCGAGCUGAAGCAGUUCCAGCAGAGCGCGCUGGCCGACUACAUCGAGCGCAAGACCGGCCGGCGCCCCGCCGCGGCCCCCGACGCCCCGGAGCCCGGCCGGCAGCCCCGCCCGGAGGCCGCCCUCGCCCCGCCGGCCGCCCUCGCCCCGCCGCCCGCGCCCCGGGACCGCAGCGGCUCCUUCGCCUGCGCGGGCGCGCGCGCCCCCCGGGCCCCCCGGGGCGCCCCGCCGCCCGACCGGAGCCCCGGAGCGCCCUCGCCCUGGGGGGCCGCGGCCCGCGGGGCCGGGAAGUCCCUGUCGGCCGAGGACCUGCUGGAGCGCCCGGCCGCCCGGCCCGUCCCCGUCCACGUGCGGUCCAGGUCGUCCCCCGCCGCGGACCCGAAGGGCCAGGAUGUGCUCUUGGGGGAGGACAGUGGCUUUGGUUUUGUGAAGAAUCCCUGUGACCCGGCUGACUCUGGAUCUAGGUUGCUCAGUUGUUCCAACAGAGACCGAGAAGAGACUCCGGUGCCCCUCCAUCCGCCCGCCCCACGUUGGGACAGCUCAGCCUGCAAAGCAGCUAGUGUUUGUUCUGUUCCUAGGGAGUGUGCCAAAGCCAGCAGAAUGCAAGAGCACCUCCCAGACACUCGGGCUGCCACCUUGACCCCACGCAGCUCCCCUCUGCCUUCACCUGUCCCCCCCAGUUACUGCUCGCAGCUGGCCUCCGAUCCGCAGAGUGGCAGAGACGGUCAGGCAGGGCGGCAGCCUCUGGCACCCUACACCCCCAGAGGGACCCACCGAAGUGACGGUCUGCUCCCGCCUCCCAGCCCAGAGCAUGGGGUAGAAGAAGGCACGCGGAAGAGGGCCAGUCUGCCCCAGCGGCCCCCUCCCCCUCGGGUGAGGUGGGCUCCCCUAGCGACAGAGGACAGCCUCUCCCUGGAUGCCUCGGUACCCGAGUUUGCAAACCCGAAGCACUACCACAAGCAGCCGCCCAGUCUUCCAAGUCCACGCAGCACUUGGGACCCAGACACCGCCGGGAGGGUCUCGCUCCGCAUCUCCGAGUCAGCCCUGCAGGCCUCCCCACCUCUCCGGGAGGACUAUGAGGACGAGGUGUUUGUGAAGGACUUACACAAGGCCACCUCCAGCCCUACAUUCGAAGCUCUUCCCCCACCUCCUCCUCCAGUGAGCCAGGAAACCCCAGUGAAUCCUGCGGAUGACUUUCCUCCACCUCCUCCCCAAGCGCUGUUUGAGGCCCUGGUCAAUAGCCAGGCCCACGAGGAGCCUGGCAGCAGCUCCAGCAAAUUUUCCAAGGUGACAGUUACAAGGGAAAGACACAUGCCUGUUGCAGCUCCCAUAGUAAGCAGUCAGAUCCUGGCUUCCAGACCCCAAAGUUCCAUCAAAGGGUCAGAGACCAGUGAGGGCAACCCAUGCUCCAUCAUGAGUGUUCAGCCCCAACUUGCUGACUCAGAGCAGCCAGCUCCCAGCCAGACCCGAAGCUUCCCCCAUGAACCCGUGGGUGGAACUCAGGAUAGAGAAAAGAAUGUCAGUCCUGCUCCUCAGAAGACCUCAGAAGACAGCCGAACAGAGGCGCUGGCCAAGGAGAUUGUCCACCAAGACAAAUCUCUGGCAGACAUUUUGGAUCCGGACUCCAGAAUGAAGACAACGAUGGACUUGAUGGAAGGCUUGUUCCCUCGAAAUGUUAAUACGCUGAAGGAAAAUAGCACAAAGAGGAAGGCCCUGCAGAGAACUGUCAGCUGCCCGGGAUGUGAAGGCGAGAGAAGUGUAGACAAGGAAGCAGCAGGCUUGUUGGUCAACUGCCCUGCCUACUACAGUGUGUCUGCUGCCAAGGCUGAGCUUCUGAACAAAAUCAAAGAUAUGCCAGAAGAGGUGCACGAAGAGGAGGAGCAGGUGGAUGUCAAUGAAAAAAAGGCUGAGCUCAUCGGAAGCCUCACCCACAAACUUGAGACCCUCCAGGAAGCGAAGGGGAGUCUGCUCAUGGAUAUCAAGCUUAACAACGCCUUAGGAGAAGAGGUGGAGGCUUUAAUCAGUGAGCUGUGCAAGCCCAACGAGUUUGACAAGUACAAGAUGUUCAUAGGGGACUUGGACAAGGUGGUCAACCUGCUGCUGUCCCUCUCGGGGCGCCUCGCCCGGGUGGAGAACGUCCUGAGUGGCCUUGGGGAAGAUGCCAGUAACGAAGAGAGGAGCUCUCUGAAUGAGAAGAGGAAGGUCCUGGCCGGGCAGCACGAGGAUGCGAGGGAGCUCAAGGAGAACCUGGACCGCAGGGAGCGGGCUGUGUUGGCCAUCCUGGCCAAUUACCUCUCAGAGGAGCAACUCCAGGAUUACCAGCAUUUUGUGAAAAUGAAGUCAACACUCCUUAUCGAGCAGCGGAAACUAGAUGACAAGAUAAAGCUGGGCCAGGAGCAGGUCAGGUGUCUGCUAGAGAGUCUUCCCUCCGGCUUCACUCCCAAGACCGGGGCCCUGACUCUGCCCACAGACCUCCCGAGCUCAGGGACCCCUGUUGGGAGCUGCGCUGUCACUGGCCUGCGCCCCACAUUAGCCUCUCCACUUUAACCUCUCCUAAGAGACCCCACCUAACGAUCCUCCCUUCUCUCAACACUAUUUAAUCUACAGUGUUUCACUGUCAACCACCCUGUAAACUCUGGGUUGUAGGGGCUUUCCUGGAUAGCACAAAGAAAAUUCUGUCCAGGAAGAAACCUGUUUUUCCUUCUUGCCUUUCCCAAUUGAUCUGAGAGCUUGGAUGCUGCUGGAAACUUCCCCCUUUCUAUUGCCCCUUAGUAGCAGAAGGAAAGUUAAUGAAACUGUGACCAGUGGAUGGCUCCUGUUUGGUCGUGUCGCUUUUAGCAGGCCGAGGCAGCGAGAUGAGCGUCACCCUCAGGAAUGUCCCCCGUGGCCUUCCUCGCUGGUGGGCAGUGUGCCCUGAUGACAGGGCCCAGUACCAUUCAAGGAGGGGUCAACAACGCAACGCCUUAAAAAGACACACACGCCGAGAAGACCGUUGUAAAGCCUUGAACUUUGUUAUUUAUAUUUUUUAAAAUGAAGAUCACUAUGUCUGUGUGCUAACCACUUAUUUGAUUCUAUCUUGUGGUGGAUGUAGACAAUUAUGUUUGAGCUUUGUAUUUUGUGAAAACCUUAAUGAAGAAUUCCAAAGACAGUC